GCGAAACCGACAACCAGAAGUACUAAAACAAAUUUUCCACCGCAAAACAGAACUGUUGUCACUAAUUUAGCAAAAGUUCAUGUACACUGUUUCCAAUUAUCGCACGAAGUUGUCUGACUGAUAUUUUCUGGUGCAACUGGGCUGACAAUAAAUGGUUACUACAAAUUAUCAACAACUUCCAAUUUAUUAUUCCUGUUAAUUUUUUCUUCGAAAUAUUAUGGAAUAUUCUAGAGUACCAUGAAAAGUGUGGCCGUGCUUAUGAUAUUCAUCUGCGAAACGUUUGCUAUGCCCUAUAAUUUCAACUUUAAUCCCGGAUCCAAUGUCGGUUACGGUGGUGGCGUAUCGUUUACGGCCAACCUGAAACCAUUCGACACCCAGAAUCCCAUCGAUUACGCUUUCGGUGUAGCGUUUGGGUAUGGAAUGGAUGUUGCGGGGCAUAAACUGUCAGACACCUUUGCGACUAACGGGGCCAUGGGGCGCGCCCUGGGGCGGAGCUAUGGUUUUGGCGGGGCAAUGGAUGGUUUCGCGUACGGUGGCGGUAACACGGAUACCCUCCUGACCGGUACACCGGGACUGAGUAAUGCCUAUACCAACAACAUUGCCUUUUCCAAUCAAAUAGGAAAUGGCGCCGGAUCGGGCAACGCUAUCGGUCGCGUUGUGGGCUUUGCGAAAUAAGCCAUUUAAUCCAAAGGUCAUUUUGUUUCUGUACAAACACUGCAUUCAAAUUGUUUAUUUCCGGUAUAUGAUGUUGUUUAUAUUGACACAGAGCAUCAGAACUGUACGAUUACUUUACUUUUUAAAGAUCUCGUGUGUGUGUUGCAUAUUUGAAACUACGUUCUGUUUUCGUCCUAUUUGCAUCUUUAUGGAAUAAAACUGCUUUUAACUCAUAAUACA